AUGAUACAUGGGUCAUUCCGCUUCCCAUCAGUUCGAAAUUUUUUUAGAGCGUUAAUAUUUUGGUUAUAUAUUUGUACCACGUUGUAUACUUAUGUAAAAGCUGAGGGCAGUUCGGGAGCUGGCUGUAAAGUCACCGGUGUUGAUUCACAACAAUAUGACUUGUCACCCUUGACGAAAACUUCAAAAGACUGGGAGGUUGAACCCAAAAAAGAUUUCAAUUAUAAAUUUAAGUUGAACGUUUGUAAAGCCACUAUAGAUACGCCCGAGGAAAUUAAACAAAAAGAUUUGGUUGGUAUUUGGGACCUCUCAGGGUCUUCUGAAGGAGGAUCUACUAUCAAAGGGUACCUUGUAUGUAGAUCUUAUCAAGAGGAUCUACUAUUAAAGGGUGCCUU